AUGAGCAGGCAGGGAGAGCCCUCAGACUGCACUGCAGGUCUGACCCCUGUGAAAGGAGAAGAAGAAGGAAAAAGAACUGUGCAGGAAUUUUCAGACUGCAGUGCAGCUCUAAGACUGUCUCAGCCAGGCCGAUGGGGAGCCCCAGAGAAAAGGUUGACCAUUAGAAGAGUCUCAUGUUGGCUCCGGGAGGAAGAUGGACAAGAUUCCCGCCCGAACUCCGCCCCUCCCCUCAGCCCGAGCCCCGCCCCGAGCCCCGGUCCGGCCCGGCCCCUCCCCCUUCCGUUACACCGCCUCCGGUCUCCAGGUAACAAGAGGCCUAACGACUUGGCCAGGAGGCGGCCGCUGCCAGCCUGCCCCUCUACUUUCUACUUUCAGACUCUCUGCCCUUGGACUCUCAGAGCCAUGGCCUUGCCCCUGCUGCCUGGCAACAGCUUCAACCGCAAUGUAGGAAAGGAGAAGUUCCACAAAUCUCAACAUUGGGGCUUUUGCAACAAUGUUAGGAUGCUGGUGAGUGACGAGAAACCUGGAAUAGGUGGAGAACCGCUUUUCGGGCAAAAGCUGAAGCCUAAAUAUAGUAUGUAUCCUAAAGGAACAGAAUCUGAUGUACCAUCAUGGGUAGCUUUUGACAAACAGGUAUUAUCCUUUGAUGCCUAUAUGGAAGAUGAAGUGCCUGAUAAAAGUCAAGAAGACUAUAGAAUAAGAUACUAUAAAAUCUACUUCUACCCUGAAGAUGACACAAUUCAAGUCAAUGAACCAGAGUUGAAAAAUAGUGGACUGCCUCAAGGGACUUUUAUCCGGCGUCAUCGGAUUUGUCUCCCACCUCCUGAUGACGAUCAGUUUUAUACUGUGUAUCAUUUCAAUAUCAACAUAGACAUUGUCUUUUAUGGCCGGACGUUCAAGAUUUAUGACUGUGAUGUAUUCACAAAAAACUUUUUGAGGAAAAUAGGAGUCAAAUUAAACCCACCGGGAAAGUGCCCAGAAGAUCCUUAUAUGAAAGCACGGAAAGAGAAGCUAGAGCACGUGGAGCCCUUACGUCCCUAUCAGUACACCGACACCCUGAAACAGUUCCUCGACCAUGAUAGGCAGAUUUUGCGUUUCUUCGGCCUGUGGGACGACACAGCCUCAAUGUUUGGGGACCGUAGGGAACUCGUCCUGCAUUACUUUUUGUCUGAUGAUACCAUGGAAGUCAAAGAAUUGAAUCCACCCAACUCAGGCCGGGAUAUUUCGUCAUUGUUCAUCCGGAGGAGAAAGCUACCCAAGUAUGGCCCACCUGGAAUCUAUCAACCAGGCCAGAUAACAGAUCAGACAGUUCUCAAUAUGUAUGGGGGCUGGUCAGUGAAACAAGUGAAUGGCUACUUGUUGGAUAAAUACCAGUUAGGAAAAUUAGACCAGGAGUUUUACAAAGAUAGUGACCUGGCGGUAGGAACCACCAUCAAUGUGUGGGGAAGAAAAGUGCUCCUUUGCAACUGUGAUGAAUUUACGAAGUGUUAUUAUAAGAAUAAAUAUGGAGUUGAGAACUUUACUCCCAUUUCAUGCAAGCCUCCACCUCCUCCAAAAAUAGAAAGGAAAUUUCCACCUUAUACUGGCUUUGGUUCUGAAGAGGAUUCUCUCCGCUCCUGCAUAAGUCUCGUGCCCACACCUCAUCGGAGGGACUUCAGGAAGUUCGUGGAAAAAGACAGCUAUGGCUACAUAAGCUAUGCACUUCGAUUUUUUGCAAAGCUAAUCACGCACAAAUGUGCUGACGUGGACAGGAUGUUCGUUAUUUCAUAUUUUCUCAGCGAUAACACAAUGUCAGUGUUUGAACUUACAGAGAGGAAUUCAGGAACUACUGGUGGGAAGUUCUUACGAAGAGCUCGUGUCAAGAGGCCUGGACAAGAAGUCUUUAAAAGUGAACUAUCAGAAUAUAUCCAACCCGAGGAGCUGUAUGUUGGAGCUAGAGUGAACGUGAAUGGCUACAUAUUCCAUUUGCUCAAUGCUGAUGAAUAUACCUUAAACUACAUGGAGAAAAAUUUAAGUAGGUUUCCAUUCAGCAACAUUGAACUUAUCCUAGAAAAGCUGAAGGAAGAAAAACCAAAAUCUAGAGAGGUCAAGCUGGCAUUUACAGCUGCUGACUCUAUGGGCACAAAGGUGCUGGAUUAUAAUGCAUUCAGAGAAAUAAUAAUGAGUAUAACUGUCGGGAAACUCACAGACCAUGAGGUUAUAACCAUUGCACGUUACUAUCGUGCACUCGAGGACAAGGAUCCACAUGUGAAUGUCUUAAUUACAAUGGCCCAUGAACAGCUCAAGAAAAAUGCUUUUGAGAAUUUUGACAGACUAAUCUCUACCUGCGAGUAUGAAGAUCGAGAAAAGAAAAAAGUAUUACCUAGCAAAGACAUCAGAAGGCUGUGCAAGUCCUCUAGGUUACCUGUGAAGGAAGAUCUUCUAGCAUCCUUACUGUCCCGGUUUGAAGACAGUGAAAAACAAGUAAAUUAUGAUUCAUUUUUCUUUGCCCUGAACUGGAGAAUUAAUCCAAUGACCGAAUGGGAAACAGUGUUGUACAAUACAGAGAAAAUUGAAGAUAUUUGGAUGGGGUCGCCAUCACCCAUUCCUGUGAGAUACAUUAGCUACAUGCGCCUUUUAAAGGACGUGUUUGACUUGGAGGAGGAUUAA